AUGGCGUCUCUCUUCUCCCUCCGGGGGCUGUUCACCCGCCGCGCCGCACCGGCCGCCACCCAGCCCACGACAUGCACAACCGCCACGCGCCCGCGCCUCUUCUCGACGACACCCUCCGCCGCGGCGCGCGUCCCCCCCAAGCCCGCCGGCGGCAGCAAGCCCGCGCGCAAGAACCGGCAAGCCCCGCGGUCCGAGAACCACCAGCGCAUCAAGAUCCUCAAGCAGAACAUGUUCUCGCCCGCGCCGCCGCCGCUGCGCAUGGCGCGCCAGCGCUACCUCCGCCACUGGACCAUCCACCGCGCGUGGCAGCUCUUCCGCCGGCAGCAGCACGAGGCGCUGGACCGCGAGCGCCACCGCAUGCACGCGGGCAUGUUCAACGCGUGCGAGGAGCUGCGCCGCACCGUUGGGCCCGAGGGCCGCGGCGAGGGGUACCUGUACCGCGUGGCCAUGGAGAAGAAGGGCGUGUACGGCGUCGACAGCGUGCCCAUCGAGUACGCCCGCUUCCAGACGGAUACGCCCGCCAAGGAGGCUUGGAACCACGACUGGAAGAGGUGA